AUGGCGAGCACGACACUAUCACCACUCAUCAUCGUUGUAUCCGGUGGUGGACCGGUUGGACUCACAUUUUCGCUUAAUAUUGCCGCGAUGAUGGGUAAACAUGUCAAAAUUAUUAUUUAUGAAGGUCGAUGGUUUGUUGAUGAACAUGGUAUUACUCGUUGGCAAGGUGAAGAGCAAGGCAACAUUCGUCGUGAUCAAGUUGUUACUUUACAAGACCAUGUUAUUGAACAAAUGCCUACUUUUAUUCAAGAAGGUCUGUUCCAAAAUAUAAACGAACGUGUAUGGCCAACAUCAAGAAAUACUCCAAUAAGAGAAGUUGAAGAUCGACUUCUUGAUCUAAUUCAACCGUUUGUUCAAAAUGGUCAAGUGGAAUUAAUUCCUGAACAAUUAAAUGAACAAUCUAGACAUUUGAUCGAAGGUGAUUUUGAUGUAUUAGUGGGUGCCGAUGGAUCGAAUUCAUUUGUUCCUCGUUACUAUAAUAUUCAAAUGAUCAGCGAAGGCAUCGAAUAUGCGUGUGGUGUAGCAUAUAAUAUACCUGAAGAUGUGCCAUCAUUAGAUGAACCUCUCCAUCAAGCACUUAAUUGUAUAUUAACGAUCUCACAAACACGUUAUUUAGUAAACUCGUCAGCGAGCCGUCGAGGUUAUCUCAAUAUUCGUUUAAUUCAAAAUGAAUAUGAAGAGUUACGUGAAUGUCUGCAACCAUUUCAAAAUCGUAAUGCAUCUUUAAAUUUAUUAGAUUAUGACAAAUGUCCAUGUUCACCUGUAUGGUCAAUUGUUCGGCAAGGAUUGGACUUUUUUAAAAUAUCUGCAAAGUAUGUUAUUCGUGUUGUACCAAUCGAGAUUAAUGUUCGACAUGCAUCAAUUGUUGUUCGAGAACUUCGUUUUGAAAUUAAAAAAACACAAUCAACAACAUCGACAACAGACAAUGUGAGUGGCAGUCAGAAGAAACAAUUUAAGACAAUGUUAGCAUGUCUUGCUGGUGAUGCGGCAAUGAAUGUACAUUUCUGGCCUGGUCGAGGAAUGAACAGUGGAAUGAAAGCAGCUAUGGCACUUGCUCGAAAUAUCCUUCGUACGUGUAAAUCUACAAUAUCACCUUAUUCAGUCGAAGUUCGUACUCCACUUCGAUUCCUCGAUUUUCUCGACUAUGAAGGUUUCAUGGCUCGUCUUAGAGCACGUGAGCAACAAGGUCGUUCAUUACGUAUUCUUAUGGAUCCGAUCGAUGCAAGUGUUGGAGAAGCUUAUACCUAUCCUCAUUUACAACCAUGUUAUAAAACAUAUACAAAGAACUUGUAUGCAAAGUUGAAAGAAACAAGAUUACGUCUGGAUCAACGAUCUGAUUGGCCUCAUCAAACAAGAUCAGUAACCGAUGAAGAAUUACAAUCUGCAUAUAAACGAAUUAAUCCUAAUGCUGUCGCUCAACUUUCAUUAGCUAAUCCAUGGCCAACACGAGAAAUGAGUGGUACUGACGUUCUUGUCGAAGAUACUUUUCCAUUCAAUCAGCAAUUAUUUUUACCUAAACCAACAAUAGGAAAAGUCACUUCAGAUCGUCCAGCAAGCAUUAUCAUUCAACAUCGCUUUGUCAUUUUAUGCAUCACUGGUGACAAGAUGAGUAAAAAUACAAAGAAAAUUAUUGAUUCAAUUCAGACUUCUCCUAAAUUCACCAAUUCAUCAACAACAGCAACAGUGACAACAAAUCAGCCGCAGAAUUCACCCAUGGGAAGUUUUCACGAACUAUAUAUAGUUCGUACUGUUAGAGAAGCUCAAAAGUGGAUAGCGGAAAAUCGUCAACGUUUAGAAACGCAUGACACUCUCUUCAAAGUGAUUACUGCAUGGUCGCUUAACGAAGGAAAAACUGCAGUAGAUGUAAUUCAUGCAGUUCGUGCUGGUGCAUCACAUGUUCCCGUAUUAAUUUUUACGGAUAAACGUGAAGAAGCACAACAAGCACUUGCAUUUCCAAAUGUUAUUGCUACUUAUCAAGUAUAUGAGUUGUAUGAAUUUGUCGGCAUUAAUCAAGAGACACAGUGGAAUCCAGGCUGCCCUGUAUCACCUAAGGGGAUCUCCCUAUAUACUUCAGAGCAAAACAAAACAAAAUCUAACACAUUCAGACAAAAUGGAAUUAUUUGUGCAGGAGGAAAUGGAUAUGGAAAUCAAUUAAAUCAACUCUCUUAUCCUCAAGGAAUCUUUAUAGAUCAUCACAACAAUAUUUUCAUUGCUGAUUAUUCGAAUCAUCGUAUUGUUGAGUGGAAAUGUCAUUCGAACAAAGGACAAAUCAUUGCUGGAGGAAAUGGUCAAGGAGACGGAAAUGAACAAUUGAAUCAUCCAACAGAUGCUCUUGUUGAUAAACAAAACAAUGCUUUGAUCAUUUCUGAUCGAGAAAAUAGACGAGUAAUCCGAUGUUUUCGUGAAAAUGAAGCAGAACCACAAAUCCUCAUUUCUGAUAUCGAUUGUUUUGGUCUGUCAAUGGAUAAAAAUGGAUCUAUUUAUGUUUCUGAUUCGAAGAAUAAUGAAGUGAGACGAUGGAAGGAAGGAGACGAAAGAGGAACAAUUGUUGUAGGUGGAAAUGGACAAGGAGAUCAUCGCAAUCAACUCAAUAACCCUAGUUUCAUCUUUGUUGGUAAAGAUGAUUCUCUUUAUGUAUCAGAUACUUUUAAUCAUCGCGUGAUGAAAUGGACAAAAAAUGCAAACGAAGGAAUUGUUGUUGCUGGUGGAAAUGGUAAAGGAAAUAGUCUCCAACAAUUGUCUCUUCCACAAGGAAUGAUGGUUGAUCAUUUGGGUCAAAUCUAUGUAACAGAUUAUGACAACCAUCGAGUGAUGCGUUGGUGUGAAGGAAAUGCAGAAGGUGAAAUUGUUGUUGGUGGAAAUGGAAGAGGAGAAGAAUUAAAUCAAUUGAAUUAUCCUAGUGGUUUAUCAUUUGAUGAUGAAGGGAAUCUUUAUGUUGCUGAUAGCGACAAUCAUCGAAUACUAAAAUAUGAAAAAUGUCUUGAUUAA